AUGGUUUUUAAUAAAUCUAAAAAGACGGAAAAUGCGGAUCUUUUCCCAUAUUACUUGAAAACCAGAGGACUGGUGAAGCAGCACAUUACCAGUUUCGACUAUUUUAUUGGUACAGACAUCAAGAAGAUUGUCUCUGCAAAUUCAACUUUGAAGUCGGAUGCAUCAACUUGUUUCUACUUAAAGUAAGGUGUUUUUAGCUUAUUUCUUUUAAAUUUAGGGUUGAAGAAGGUGUAAAGGAUAGAAUCAAGAUAUCGAAAGGGUUAGCAAACGCUGAAAGGCUUUUAUACUUGAUCCAUUACCUUAUUUUAGGUACCUUGAUGUCUAUAUUGGUGAACCCUCCAGUGAGGAAGGGUUUGGUGUGGCGAACGGGAAGAUCACUCCGCACGAAUGUCGGCUCCGCGAUCUCACUUAUGCAGCUCCAAUCUACGUGGAUGUUGAGUAUACUCGAGGAAAUCAGAAGGUCCGAAAGAAUGCCCUGAUCAUUGGCCGUAUGCCAAUUAUGCUUCGCUCAACUCGUUGUAUCCUAAGCAAACUGAAAACCGAAAGAGAAUUUGCAGACCACAACGAGUGCCCGCACGAUCCUGGGGGAUAUUUCGUUAUCCGGGGCGCCGAAAAAGUGGUGUUGAUGAUGGAGCAGGGUUGCAAAAAUCGGAUUAUGGUCUCAAGAAAUUCAAAGAAGGAGUAAGAAAUUUUAUAUUAGUUUGAUUAUGCUUUUAGGUUGGUCUGUGAGGUAUUAUCCUCCACCACGGAGAGGAAGUCGAAGACAAAUGUGACGAUCAAGAAGAAAAAGUAUUAUCUGAAGCACAAUCAGCUGGCCGAGGAGAUUCCUGUUGUGGUGAUCUUCAAGGCUUUGGGAAUUGAGUCGGAUUACAGUAUUAUGACGGCAAUUGGUGAGGAAGAGAUUUAUGUGGCCGCUGUGGGGCCGUCUCUUUUGGAGUGCAAACAAAUGGGGAUAAUCACUCAGGACGAUGCCUUGGAGUAUAUCAGUUCUAAAGUAAGGUGUUUCGAUUAUUUUUUUUUUGGUUUUUAGAUCGACUCGACAAAAAAAACAUCCCAAAUUGGCUAAACAAAGCUUUGAGUGUGUUCAUUUCCGAAUUUUUAGGUUAAAAUUCGUCGAAUCGGGCAAAAUCCUCGCGCUGUCGGACCGAAAGAGCGGAUGCAACAUGGCCUCGACUUUCUCCGAAAUUCGAUGCUUUGCCAUGUGCCUUCAACGACCGGGGUAAUGAAGGCCAAAGCAGUGUACCUUGGACUGAUGGUUCGACGUCUGAUUGCCGCCGAUUGUGGAUUAGUUCAGCCGGACGAUCGGGAUUUUUACGGGAACAAACGAAUCGAGCUGGCCGGAUCUUUAUUGGCCCUGAUGUUUGAGGAUCUGUUUAAACGCUUCAAUCAGGAGCUGAGAAGAGUCGCGGACACUCAUUUGUCGAAGGCGACCGCCGCUCCAUUGGAUAUAAUCAAGCAUAUGAGACAGGUGGGAGAUUUUUUAUAUUGUACUUGGUAUUAGAAUUGGAAAUUGAUUUUGAAAUUUUGGGCGGAUGGUAUGGAAGAUGUUUUUCUAAAGCCCUUUUAAGAUAUUUCGUCACUCUUGAACAUCAGUUUUAUUGAAUUAAGUGUAAUUUUUGAGCAUGGAUCAUGUUAUACUUGAUUUAGGACAUGAUCACGAAUGGAGUCAACUCUGCGCUAGCCAGUGGAAAUUGGUCGAUUAAACGGUUUGGAAUGGACCGUCAAGGAGUCACGCAAGCCCUUUCACGGCUGUCUUACAUAUCAAUGUUGGGGAUGAUGACUAGAAUCAAUUCGAAUUUUGAGAAGACCAGAAAAGUCAGUGGUCCCAGAUCGAUUCAAUGCUCACAAUGGGGCACUGUCUGCGUGUCCGACACGCCGGAAGGAGAGUCGUGCGGACUGGUGAAGAAUCUGGCACUCCUGAGUCAUGUUACAGUCGACACUGAAGAGGAGCCCAUAAAAAGAUUGCUGUUCAACUGCGGUGUGCAAGAUGUUGUUCCGUUGAAGUUCAGUCAAAUUCAUGACCCGUAAGUGUUUUUGUUUUGCAAAGAAAAAUGAAUUUUGCGACUAAUUUUGUCAUUUUGAUCAAGUACAAUGUAAAUUGAUAAAAUUUUUCAGCAAACACUUCUUGGUGAUGCUCAAUGGAUGUCUUAUUGGCUUGAUUCAGAACCCUUAUACUGUCAUUCAGACGGUCCGACUGAUGCGACGUUGCGGCCACAUCGAUCCCUUCGUCAGCGCCUCAUUUAAUGAAAGCUCGCGGUCAGUGCUCAUCGCCAGCGAUGGAGGGCGUUUGUGCCGCCCGUAUGUGGUUGUCGACGAAGAUGGCAAGUCCAUGCUGAGCUUGGAGCAUGUUGAGAAGGUUAAAAGCGGGGAAAUGACUUUCGACGACCUGGUUUUAAACGGAGUCAUCGAAUUUUUGGAUGUGAAUGAAUUGAACAAUUGUGAAGUGAGUGUGUACGAGAAGGACAUCAAAAAAGGAGUGACUACCCAUAUGGAGGUGAGUGGAGCUGGAAUUUUUUGUGUUUCGUAAAUUUUGGGUUGAUUUCGCUAUCUCUUCCGGAAAUUUUUAUCGGAACUGGGACGAUUGGGGAAACCGAAAAGUAUUAUUUUUCUUCGAUGCAAAUGUCGAAAUUAGGACCAUCGAGGGUGCUGAUUUUGAAAAUGACAUUCAUUUUUUUUGAUUGUUGCUUUUUUCCUUAAGUAGUACUGUAAAGUAAUUUGAAUUUUUUUUCAUUAAUACUCGAUUUGGAGGGUUUCGAUGGUGCUGCUUUAUAAUCAGAAAAAAAAUGAUUUUUUUCGAAAUCGGCAAGGUCGAAACCCCCCAAAUCGAGUAUUUCUGAAAAAAAAAUAAAAAAUGACUACUUUACAGUACUACUUAAAGAAAAAAGUAACCAUCAAAAAAAUGAAUGUCAUUUUCGAAAUCAGCACCCUCGAUGGUCCUAAUUUAGAGACUUGCACCGAAGAAAAAUAAUACUUUUCGGUUUCCCCAAUCGUCCCAGUUCCGAUAAAAAUUUCCGGAAGAGUUAGCGAAAUCAAUCCAAAAUUUAUGAAAAAUAAAAAAAGAAUCCUAUCGUACUUUUUCCCCUAUCGUCAAACUUCGAUUUUUGUCUUAUCCCACAUUUUCAGAUUGAUCCAAUGUCAAUUCUGGGCGUUGUGGCGGGAGUCAUCCCCUAUCCCCAUCAUAAUCAGAGCCCUCGGAACACGUAUCAGUGCGCCAUGGGCAAACAAGCGAUGGGAGCGAUCGGCUACAACCAGCACAAACGCAUCGACACCCUCCUCUACCUGCUCGUGUACACGCAAAAGCCGCUGGUCAAGUCGAAAACCAUCGAGUUCUGCGGCUACGAGCAACUCCCCGCCGGACACAACGCCAUGGUGGCGGUCAUGUCGUUCAGUGGUUACGAUAUCGAAGACGCCCUGGUCCUGAAUAAGGCCUCGCUGGACCGCGGGUUCGGCCGAUGCAUUGUGAACCGCCAGUGCAAGGCGACCGGAAAACGGUACGCCAACCAGACUUUCGACGUCUUCAAGCCACCCGACAUCAACGCCUCGAACGGCAAACCCGUCCAUCAACAGCGCCAUAUCGAUCUGGACGGAUUCGUGAAGCCGGGCGCACAACUCUGGCCACGCGACUAUUUGGCUCACAAAUUUGUACCGACCGUUCAGAACGAGUUCAGCACCACCAAUCAGACCAGCUCCAACAUUGAGCACAAGCCUCAGCCGACCGUUUACAAAGGCGCCAUGCACGCAUCCGCCGAUCAAGUCAUGGUGUCCUACAAUCAGGAUGACGCCUACUUGAUGAAGGUGCUGGUCACUCAAGUGAGGUAAGGGAAUUUUUUGAAGCGAAGGGGAGAGUUUGAGCCGAUUUUUUCUCCCCAUUUUUUUUUGAUUGAAAAUUAAUUUUGGAGAAUUUUUGAGAUUUUUUUGGGAAAUUUUGCUAUAAUUCAAGUUUGAAAAUCCGACCAUUUUGCUAGAAUUGAGUGUAGUUUAUUUCCUAUGGUAGGAAUUUUCAUCUGAAUGGCGAUUUUUUGAGUUAUGAGAGAUUUACGAUAUUACUUUAGACGACCCGAACUCGGCGACAAAUUCAGCUCCCGGCACGGCCAAAAGGGCGUCUGCGGCUACAUUUGCCCUCAAGAGAACAUGCCAUUCGAUCAGGCGGGGAUCUGCCCCGACCUCGUCAUGAACCCCCAUGGAUAUCCGUCUCGGAUGACGGUCGGGAAAUUGAUGGAGCUGAUCAGCGGCAAAAACGCCCUUCAAACCGGCAGAUUUCACUACGGAACCGCGUUCGCGGGCGAUCAGAUGCCUCAAGUGACGGAGGAGCUGGCCAGCUAUGGCUUCAACUAUUUGGGAAAGGAUAUGCUGACGUCCGGGAUCACUGGCCAACCAAUUCCGGCCUAUAUCUACUUUGGACCGAUUUAUUAUCAAAAGCUGAAGCACAUGGUGAUCGACAAAAUGCAUGCCAGAGCCAGAGGACCGAGGUAAGAGGGUUUUUGAGCAGAGGGGAAAUGCUUUAUUAUAUUUUUAUAAAAUUUUUAUAUAAUAUGGCGAAUAUGAGUAUGGUUUUCGAGACGCAUUUUAUUAACUAAACAGAGAAGAUUAUUUUCGUAUAAAAAAUUUAACAAAACGCGAAUUUUAAUUAACAAAAUACGCGCCAACAAAAACGCCGGAUAAUUAUGCAUCAACCUAAUAUUCACUCAUUUAAUUCACUCAUUCAGGACGAGCUUGACCCGCCAACCAACCGAAGGCCGCGCCCGAGAAGGUGGCCUACGUCUGGGAGAGAUGGAACGCGACUGUCUAAUCGCCUACGGAGCCUCGAACAUCCUAAUCGAACGCCUGAUGGUCUCCUCGGACCAGUUCAGCGUCGAUGUCUGCAAGCAAUGCGGCAUCAUGGGCUAUCUGAACUGGUGCCAAAAAUGCCAAACUUCAACCACAAUGGCCCGCAUUCAAAUCCCGUACGCCUGCAAAUUGCUCUUCCAAGAGCUGCAAGGCAUGAACAUCAUCCCGAAGUUGAUCACCAAGAGCAUCAUGGACGAUCAGUAG